UUGGUUAACUAUCUGUUUAAUUUCAAUUCUUCUUAACCAGCUUUCAGAAAAAAAAAAUUCAAUUCUUCUCAUAGAUCUCUAUGCUUUUCUAGCCUUUUGCUCAGUUUCCUUGUCCGAUCUCAAAGUUUCAUACUCUUUUUUUUUUAUCUGAGAAUGCUAUGCUUUGAGUAAUUUUUAAUUAGAUUUUAGUGUUGCUUUCUAUUGUUAUUGUUGAAAACAGAAAAUAUUUACAAAAGUUUGGUUUUGAUUUUUGUUCGGUCUGCGGUUGUCUCUGUGUUUAAAGCCAAAAGAUGGCGAAGAGAGAGAUGGCUGUGUACUGUUUCGACACUUUGGUCUCUCACUACAACAACGAUGACACUCCUCCACCUGCCUUUGACGACGCCAAUCAUCCAUUGUUUGUGACGUGGAAGAAAAUAGUGAAUGGUGGGGAGCCUCGAUUGCGUGGAUGUAUUGGUACACUGGAAGCACGCCGCUUGAUCAGUGGCUUCAAGGAUUAUGCCUUGACCAGUGCCCUGAGGGAUCGUAGGUUCCCACCAAUACAGUCCAAAGAACUGCCCUUUCUGCAAUGUACAGUAUCUGUCCUGACCGAUUAUGAAACUGCAGAGGAUUAUCUUGAUUGGGAGGUGGGAAAGCAUGGUAUAAUCAUUGAGUUCACUGAACCUGUGACAAACACAAAGCGAAACGCCACAUAUUUGCCUGAGGUACCAGCUCACGAAGGCUGGACAAAGAUAGAGGCAAUAGAUUCACUGGUGCGCAAAGCAGGAUACAACGGUGAAAUAACAGAAUCAGUGCGUAGGAGAAUCCAUCUAACACGUUACCAGAGUACAUUAUUCAGCAUGCAUUAUAGUGAAUAUCUUUCGUACGUGAAGGCCACGAGAGGCGGCGGUGUUGUCCCGGCUAUUAACGGGACCAGCAAGCCCGCCAUGGCCUUGUCUGGAUUUGCACCAUAAAGCUGCUGCUAAUGGGUGCACCUCCUCCUCAUUUAUCUUUGUAUUUGUGUGUUCUCUAUGAUUAAAAGAAGCUUCUUCUUCGAGGAAACUCUCUAUUUGGCUGCUUCACAAUUGUAUUACAACAAUGUCAUAAAAUCAAAGAAACCAACUUUGAUCUC